AGUUAUCGAUCCUGGAAUAAUGGCAGAGAAACAAAAUGUGAUCCAUGACGGUGAACAAAACGGCGAAGGUGAGCCGCAAUCAAAGAAACAGAAAGUUGAAGAUGGUUCAGUAAGUGAAGGCAUAUUACUCGGGUAUGGAAACCCUCUGCUGGACAUUCAGGUUGUUGGCACAGAAGAGUUUCUUAAGAAAUAUGAUCUCCUUGCAAAUAAUGCCAUCCUGGCGGAAGACAAGCAUAAACCAAUGUACCAAGACAUGACAGACACAUUUAAAGAAGUCACAUAUGUACCUGGAGGGGCCACAUUGAAUACCAUAAAAGUUGCUCAGUGGUUGACAAACACCAAGAAUGCCAGCACAUUCUUUGGCUGUACCAGCAAGGACAAGUAUGGGUCAAUACUGGAGGAUAAGGCACGGGAAAUGGGCGUCAACAUGCAGCUCCAGUACACAGAGAAGGAACCUACAGGAACAUGUGCUGUCAUUGUCACUGGAGAAAACAGAUCAAUGUGUGCCAACCUGGCAGCUGCUAACUGCUUCACUGAUGACCAUCUGGACAAUCCUGAUAACUGGGCCCUUGUAGAGAAGGCGCAAUUCUACUACUGUGCAGCGUUCCCUCUGACAGUGAGUCCCAAGACUGUUCUACGUCUGGCGAAGCACUCCCAUGAGAAGGGCAAGACAUUCUGUAUGAACCUCUCUGCUCCCUUCCUCUGUCAGUUUUUUAAGGAACCCUUGCUCAACACCCUGCCUUAUGUUGAUUUCCUCUUUGGAAAUGAAACAGAAGCUGUCACUUUCUCAAAGGAAAAUGAAUUAGAGACAGAAAAGAUCCCAGAGAUAGCCUUGAAGAUUGCUGCAUGGAAGAAGGAGAACAAGGAUCGAGCAAGGAUGGUGAUCAUCACUCAGGGAGACCUGUCCGUUGUUGUGGCUCAUGAGGGUAAAGUGCAAGAGUUUGAGGUUAUUCCACUUAAGUCCGAAGACUUGGUAGAUACCAACGGGGCAGGCGACGCAUUUGUUGGAGGAUUCCUCUCCCAGUUAAUUCAGGACAAGCCCCUGGCUGAUUGUGUUCGUUGUGGAAACUACGCGGCAAACCUUGUUAUCCAGCGGUCAGGUUGCACUGUCCCGGACAAACCAGAGUUCAAGUAACCAUCGGAUGUUGUAGCCACUGGGCAUGUCUUUAAGUUGUGCAUAUCAGUGUUAAACCAUGCAAGGGUAAUAGAAGGGCAUUCUUAUAGAUGAUGCUUUAACUUGGGACAUAAAUAUGAAGAUACUGUUUAUCUUCACAACAGCCUGGGCCUGCAUAUAUAUCAGGGUUGUAUAUAUAUCAUUUGACCUGCUACAAAACCAAAUCUAAUGUAGUAAGCCAUGACUUAGUGUCUGGUAGCAGAAUGUGCAAGUUUUUCCAUUCAUGUCAUUGAAUAAUGUAUUUCAUUUCAUUGCUAUGCCUAUUAAUGAAAUAUCUAUUUUUUUCUUUAAUGCAUUUAAAGAAUAGAAAUAACAAGCAAGAAAAGCAAUCAGUUUAUUUAUAUAAAGAAAUCAGAAAUUUGCAUAUAUUUUUUUAUAAAUGCAUUUACCCUUUUAUACACUUUUUAGAGAAACAGAAAAGCAAUCAUUUUAAUAAUAUAAAGAAAUUAGAAAACAUAUAUUUUUUGUGAAUCGAUUAACCUUUUCAGAUAAUUUUUAAAGAAACUAAUUAAGGAUGUUGUUUUUUAAAGAUAGUCAUUAAUGGAAUAGGUGUAUUUACAUUCACUUUUCUUAGAUUAGAAUUAAAUGAAAGUAAAUUACUGAUUAAAAUUGAGAAUUGAGAAUACUGUCUCGGUAAAUGCAAUAACUAGAGAAAAAGAAAUGUCAGACUUUCCAGACUUUGAAUAAUUUGUUUGUAAGAUUUUCUAGACUUUGAAUAAUUUUGUAAGUUAGAUUUUCCAGAUAAAACAAUUCUGUAAGGCAGGCUUUCAAUAAGUUUGAACCUUUUUGUAAGUGGGGGAGUGUUUGAACAGUUUUGUUAGGCAGACUUUUCAGAUUGUGAAACGUUUUGUAAAUUUCUAAAUUAUGAAAAGUUUUGUUUAUCACACUUUCACCAAAUUUAAACUGUUUUGUUAAUCAGACUUUACAGAUUAUGAAACAUUUUGUUUGUCCGACUUUCUCCAGGUUUUAAACUGUUUUGUUAUGUGACGUUCAAGAUCAUAAAAAGUUUUGUAAGUAAGACUUUCCAAAUUAUGAAAAGUUUUGUAAGUCAGACUUUCCAGAUUAUGAAAAGUUUUGUAAGUCAGACUUUCCAGAUUAUGAAAAGUUUUGUAAGUCAGACUUUCCAGAUUUUGACUGUUCUAUGAAUUUUGUAUCAUCUUUUCCUGGUGUCAAAUUGAUAAUUAUUUAGAAAUGAGACAAACCCAUUUUGACUGUAAAAUAGGCAGGCAGAAUUAAAUUGUACAAUUAUCUUCAUGUACCAACUACCAGUUAUCGGCUACAUGUAGUUUGAUGGAAACUAUCAUUACAUGUACUUAUUUGGUCUAUGCAAUAAAUGGAAAAAAAUCAUA